AACUAAUCGCAACAUCAGUUUCCCAUGUCGUUUCGUACUGACUGAAAAUGUUUUCUUAAAAUUUGACCUUCGCAUUUGCGAAUUUGUUGUAAUUCGAUUGUUUUCCUAUUUGAAAAUUACUAUUAUUUCGGGUAAUGGUGUUCGAUUAGCUUAAGCAUAAUCCAUCCACUUAAAUUAAAAGACAACAAGUACCUUCUCAUUACUGGAUAAUAUAGUAUUUGUUUCAUUUAUCUUGUCCAAGGAACCUCGAAUAGAAAAUGUCUAGCGAAAGUUACAAAGAAGGUAGUUUCGAACAAAAUGGUCACGCUCAACGUAACGAAUACAGUUGGGAAGAAGUUAGCAUUGAAGUUCCAUGGGGAACUGUCCAAGGUAAAUGGUGGGGAGACCGAGAAAAACAACCAAUUUUGGCACUUCAUGGGUGGCAAGAUAAUGCCGGAACCUUUGACAAGCUGUGUCCCCUGCUCGAUCCAGCUUAUCCAGUUUUUUGUAUUGAUUUGCCUGGUCAUGGAAAGUCAACGCCUUUUCCCCCAGGAAUGCAGUAUUAUCUCUUUUGGGAUGGAAUUACUUUAAUUCGAAGGAUUGUCAAGAAAUUUGGCUGGAGUAAAAUGAUCCUGAUGGGUCAUUCUCUGGGAGGUGCUCUUACAUUUAUGUAUGCUUCAGCUUUUCCCGAUGAUGUUAGCAAACUGAUUAAUAUUGAUAUUGCUGGCCCAACUGUUCGUGAUCUUAAAAGGCAAGCUGAUAUCACCGGAUCCGGCAUUGAUAAAUUUCUUGAAUACGAAAAUCUGCCCGAGUCCAAAGUUCCCUGCUACAAUUACAAUGAUAUGGUUGAACUAGUGCUAGAUGCAUACGGUGGCUCAGUAGAUGAAGAAGGUGUGAAAAUUCUUUUAAAACGAGGCAUGCGUCCAGCUCCAAAGCAUUUGCAUUCAAGUGGCUACCACUUUGCCAGAGAUGUGCGACUAAAAGUCAGUUCGUUAGCUAUGUUCAACGCCGACCAAGUGUUAGCAUAUGCAUCGCGCAUCAAGUGUAAGGUGUUGAAUCUUCGUGCUGAUCCUGGAAUGAAAUUUGAAAAUUCGGAUAUGUACGAACGUGUUAUAGAGGCUAUCCGUGAAAGUGCGGAGUUGGUUAUCUAUCGAAAAGUACCUGGAACUCAUCAUGUUCACCUAGUAACACCGCUGGCGGUUUCUGGUGAAAUAAAUAAUUUUUUAAAAAUGUAAAAUAAUGAACAAAAUUCCAAGCAUGGAAAUUAGGAUGUAGUCGGAGGUUAACAUUUCAGAUUUGAGGGGUAGUUUUUUUUUUUGAAAAGCUUGUAAAUACAAAAUUGGUGAUAAAACGAAAUAAAAUUAAAGAAAACAAGACACUAGUGUGUGUUGUGUUUGUCAGUUUAUCGUUUCCUAGCAACGAUUUUUGUUUUGUUUUCAUUGUUUUGUUAAAUCUGCUUUACGAUAGAUUAUGAUUGAAAGAGUACUUAAAUUAAUUUUAAAACGAUGGAGCAAAUUGACGAAAUCAAAGAAAUUCUAAUAAAAUAUUCAACAGCUGAAGAACUCUUGGAUAAAAAAUUACAAGAAAU